UUGCCUUUGCCUUUGCUCUUGCUUUUGUUGUUUUUCAGUGUAUAAGCGAUUGCGAAUAUUUUUCUGGCAGCUGCUAAAAACUUAAAGAAGGCGCAGAGGAUCCUCCUGAUGCAGAACACGAAGGAGGCGAGUUGAAAUUGCAGGGUUAAAACUGCCAUUGACUGCACUCUGUAAUUCAAUUAUCGACUCUUGGCAGUAAAAAGUGUUAAUUAUUAGUUUCCUUUGCUGCUCUCUCUCGCUCUCAAGCGAAAAGAGGGAGACGGAGACAGAGGGAGAGCGAAAGAAAAGGAGACAAAUAUUCCAGCUAAUGAAGACGUUGGAUAAAGUCCACUAAAGGGACCAAUGCAAAGCGGAAACGGAAGUAAAAAACCAGUCAGCAGCUUAGUUCAUAAAAGCCCGAUCAGUCCGUCGGAACCUGGAAAAUUGGCUGCCGGUUGCCCAGCCGUGUUCGCCCAAGACGGCACGUGGAGUGCCAAGUUCAAUGGUCGGUCCGCUCCGGAGAAGAUUAACGAUCAGGUGAUCAAGCAAGAGUCCGGCCGCAAGGACGCCGAUUUAACUUCCACAAUUCGACUCCCACGCAAACGUUCUUGGCUACAGAGGCGUGUGAUUCCCUCGUAG